AUUUCAAAUCCGGAAGCGCGAGAUCAGUUGAAGCUACUUUAACGUGUAGACUUUAUCGAUGGGUGACGUAUCGUAAAUUGGCACGAUAAAAACAAAACAAAAAAGAAACAACAACAACAACUCCAGCGAGGUAUUUUCAUAACAAUUCUCGACAAAGUCGAGAGAAGAAACUGAAUUCAACAGAUAUGGAAGAAGGAGAGACAGUAUCACUUUCCAGAAAAGAGCUGCGUAAGCAGAAGUUGAUGGAAUACCUGGCCACAAAGGGAAAGCUGAAACUCCCAAAUCCCAAGCCAUACCUUCAAAAUGACGGUCAGGUUAAGAAGCCUAUGACAUCUGCAGUAAAGGUUGUUAAGGGAAAAGAGAACAAGGUUCAAGUUGAGGGCACAAAAGUUCAAACUCUGGCUGCUGGUUGCACAAAACACCCAGACAGAAAAGCAUUUGGUGUCACUUACAAAACAAAUAUAAAAGGCAGUAUCCUGACCGGACAGCAGAAUGCCAGUUGUCCAGGUGCAAACAGUGGCCGAGUUCAGCCGAAACCAAAUCAAAAUCUGGUGCUCACAAGAACAUACACUGUUGUGUCCUCUAAAUCCAACCUGAAUGCAGCCAACCAUCUCAAAAUGCAGCACAAUAUAGGAAUGCAGUCUUCUGGCAAAGCCACUUCAAAAUCAAGCCAUGUGGCUGUAAUACCAUCCAACACCAGAUUCAGCAGAAGCUCAGGUGCUACCCGGUCAAUUCCAAUGAAAUCAGUCAGUGUCAGGAUGAGUCUUGUUCCCACUGUCAAAACAAGAACAGGACUCAUUCCUGCAGUCAUCCAGCCAAGAAACACAAAGUCACAGACCUCUACCACAGCAACUGAUCCCAGCACUACUUCUGUUACUAACAAGGUGCGAUCAGGCAGGAUGAGUCUUGUUCCCAUUGUCAAAACAAGAACUGGACUCAUUCCUGCAGUCAUCCAGCCAAGAAACACAAAGUCACAGACCUCUACCACAGCAACUGAUCCCAGCACUACUUCUGUUACUAACAAGGUGCGAUCAGGCACCUCCUCUGUUUCCCUGAGGUCUGCUGUGGCUCAGAGGAGAACAUUUACUACCACUACUCUAAAUAACCCUGCUAAAGAAAGAACAACUGGUCGUUUGACUGCAAGGGCUGGGUUUAAAGGUCAACGUCAGAACAGUUCAAAUUCCAAACCACUGUUGGAUAAACUUUCUCAGCUAUCAUGUAAGAGUCAAUUAUCAAAUGCACUGAAAUCAACUUUCACACCCUCCAAGUGCACAGCAGCACCUAUUAAGUCAGAGGGGAGAGUAGGGGUGUCAAAAACAAACAGGUCAGCCGGUCCGCCCACUGACAGGUCCACAAAUCAGAGAUCUGUGAGUAGCCAGCCUUGUAAAGUUGCUUCCCAAACAUCCCUGGCGCCAGCAAGCAGGUACAGUUACAGAGCGGUCAGCUGGGUUACCAGAGAUGCUGUGGCUGAGCCAGGCAGGAAAUCCAAGACAUGUAAAGAGACACAGAGCAAGAAGGGACACAGCUCAGUAAAUGUACCUCCACAGCCAACUGGUAUAAAAAGAGCUGAAGCUCCAGUGAUGUCACAGACGGUGCCGCAGCCAGCCAGGGCCAUCAGCCAGGCCACAGAUGGGAAGAUGCCCAAGGCACUGAUCAGGGUCAUUCCACAAACUGAGGGGAAGAAACUGACGGCUGCCCAGGAGGAAAGAAUGAGAAAACUGCAGGAAUGGCGGGAGUCUAAAGGGAUUUCGUACAAACGUCCUCCAAUGCCGGUGAAACCUCAGGUCAGACGCACGGUGGCGGUGCCCCAGCCAUUUUGGACUGCCAUGAUGGAGGAAGACGAGGCCCACUCUGUCAUCUCCGCCAUAGACCGGUCCCUGGCUGACUGCAUCAAAUUGCUUGGAGAGGACUGCCCUCCAGACCAAGUGAAGGAGGUCCUCUCACGGCUACCGGAAGUGUCCAAGAAGUUUGCCAAAUACUGGAUCUGUCAGGCUCGUCUGAUGGAGAAAGACGGCAACCUGGAUGUCUUGCCCAUGUUUGAAGAGGCUGUACGCGUUGUGUUGGAGCCAGUGGACGAGCUGCGGACUGUAGUCUUUGAGAUUCUGAAGAAAAAGGAAGUGAUCCAAGCAUCUGUGGAAAAUGAGACAGAGGAGGACCAAAUUGAAAGCACUGGUGAGGACUACAACAACCCCCUGAGGACCCCUAAACCCACCAGAGUCCUCAUCCACGGGGAGAAAGGAGACUCAUCAGUAGUCAAGUACAAGAUCACAGCCACUCCUGGUGGCCCACCAAGCCAACAGAGAGAACCAGUGCGGGUGAAUGGACAGGAAGUCCGCUUUUUCACCCCGGUUAGACGCUCGGUGCGAAUCGAGAGAGCCUCACUCCGAUACCCUGUGUCACUCCAGGACCACGAUCUUUGUGUGGCCUCUUACAAUGACCUGAUCUCCGAGGAGGAUAAAGAGAACAGUGAGGAGCACAAGGGUGGGGAAACCAGUCCUGCUCACCACACUCCAAUGUAUGUCUACAGACAAAACGAAGCACUUAAAGACAAGGUGCUAGUCCAUGUAGUCUGUGAUGAAGGCAUUUUGCCUUAGGUGCUUAGUUUACCUCCAGUUUGUACAGACAAUUCAGAUGCUAAGCAUUUGUCACUGUUCACAUGGUGGGGAACAGUAUAACCCAGUGUGCAUGUGCUGUUACGCUUCAGUCUUUCUCUGAAAAGACGGUGAGUUUUAUUCUCGUAAUUAUACUGGGGGUGGGAAUCCUAGGCGGACUCAACGAUUUGAUUCGAUUCCAAUUCUUGGUGUCACGAUUCGAUCCAGAAUGAUUUUCGAUUCAAUUAAGUAGUAAGCUAAAAAAUAAAAAAAAAACGUCCACGUGCUGCACUGACUUCACAGUCGGGUUCCGCCUUUUUUAAAUUCUGUCACCAUUGUUCCAAACAACGAUUUAGAAUGGUUUUGGAAGAUUUGAUUCGAUGCUUUCUCCCACCCCUGAAAGUUACAAGCAUUUAGUCACUGAGCAUCUUAUUUUGUAUAUUUGCUAACGGGGUUAAUGGGGGUGUCCUUUUGGGCCCUGUAUGAUCUUAUUCCUUCAAAUACUGUGUACAGAAUAAUUUAAAAUAAACAGCUUUGUUUGUAAAAACCA